UACAAGAAACACUCCCACUGUCACUGGUGAUCCUUGAAGGAUAAACAGUUGCUCCCUGCAGGAGUUUCAAAAGGAAUAUCUACUUCUACAACUGCAGCAAGAAGCAGCUGCGUUCUCACGAAGACACCAUGGAAGAUAAUGAGGAUCCAAAGAAGAGGAAGCAGUACAGAGGAACGAGCAAAGAGGUGUGUGGCUACCCACUCAGCAUCUUCUUUAUCGUUGUGAAUGAGUUCUGUGAGAGGUUCUCAUACUAUGGAAUGCGAGCUGUGCUCGUGCUGUACUUCAAGUACUUCUUGCGCUGGGACGAGGACCUGGCCACUUCCAUCUACCACACCUUUGUGGCUCUCUGCUACCUCACACCAAUCCUCGGGGCCAUCGUGGCCGACUCCUGGCUGGGAAAGUUUAAGACUAUCAUCUACUUGUCCGUUGUCUAUGCAAUCGGUCAGGUUACAAUGGCUGUCAGUGCGAUCCAUGACAUCACUGACACAGACAGAGAUGGGACACCAAACAACAUGACCUUUCACGUUGUUAUGUCUAUGUUGGGUCUCUUCCUCAUCGCUCUGGGCACAGGUGGCAUCAAACCUUGUGUGGCUGCCUUUGGUGGAGACCAAUUCAGUGACCACCAGGAAAGGCAAAGGAGAACUUUCUUCUCGGUUUUCUACCUGUGCAUCAAUGGUGGAAGUCUCCUGUCGACCAUUAUCACUCCAAUCCUCAGAGCUCAGAGCUGUGGCAUCUACAGUCAGCAGAAGUGUUAUUCUUUGGCCUUCGGCGUCCCUGCAGCGCUGAUGUUGGUUGCACUGGUGGUGUUUAUCAUUGGGAGCGGUAUGUACUACAAAGCUGAACCACAGGGAAACAUCAUGAUGGAUGUGUGUAAAUGCAUUUGGUUUGCCGUUAAAAACCGCUACAAGCACAGAAGCAAGCAAUACCCAAAGAAGGAGCACUGGAUGGACUGGGCUGAAGGAAAAUAUAGCAAACUCCUCAUUGCUCAAAUCAAAAUGGUGCUGAAGGUCCUGUUUUUAUACAUCCCACUGCCAAUGUUCUGGACCCUGUUUGACCAAAAGGGUUCUAGAUGGACUCUGCAAGCCACUACCAUGGAUGGAAACUUUGGGUUUCUUGUGAUACAGCCUGAUCAGAUGCAGACUUUCAACCCCAUCCUGAUCCUGACUCUGGUGCCCAUCAUGGACAGUUGCAUUUACCCUCUGAUCAAAAAAUGUGGCCUGAACUUCACACCUCUGAGGAGAAUGACAGUGGGGAUGCUUAUGGCAGCUAUAGCCUUCGUCUGCGCUGCUCUGGUUCAGAUUCAAAUUGAUACAACGUUACCCACCUUCCCAUCAGCCUCCCAGAGUCAGGUGAAAUUACUCAACAUGGGCACUAAUCCAGUCACAGUUAAAUUGCCUGGCAACAACAUACUGACUCUUCCUGCAGCUCAGGCCAGUGAUGAAUUCUUCACAUUUGAAGAAGGAAACAUCAGUGUUUCAAUUGGAGAAGUGACAAAUAAUAUUUCCUUGGCAUAUGGAGAACGUCAAACUCUUCUCAUUCCCUUAAACAUCUCUGAGGAAUGGCUACUGACUGAUGGUUUGAUUUCCAAACCAGAUGAAGGCAACAAUGCAAUUCGAUUUAUAAAUGGAAUGAAUACAACAGUGAAUAUAUCGACAUCUGCGGCCUCCUUUGGAACAAUUGAGCCAUUUUACUACUCAAACUACUCCCAGAUAAAAAAUGGAAAGGUCGUGUUCCAACUGUGGAGUGGAUCACAGUCAUGUGAAUAUAGCAAAGAGUUUGGAUAUGGAAGUUCAUUCACUUUCUUUAUCCCCAGCACUUUGGUCUUUGGACCCGCCUGUCAGGAGUCCAUUACUGCAGCAGAAGACAUCAAGCCCAACUCAAUUCACAUGGCCCUGCAGAUCCCACAGUACUUCUUUAUUACUGUUGGUGAAGUGAUGUUCUCUGUUACUGGUCUGGAGUUCUCCUACUCACAGGCGCCCAGUAACAUGAAAGCAGUGCUGCAAGCAGGCUGGUUGUUCACUGUUGCUAUCGGCAACAUGAUCGUACUGAUUGUGGCCGAAGUUGCAAAGAUUCCCAAACGGUGGGCAGAGUACGUCCUCUUUGCUUCCCUCCUAGUUGCAGUUUGCAUCAUCUUCUCCAUUAUGGCCUAUUUCUACACUUACAUCGAUCCUACAGAAAUUGAGGGCCAGAUCAAGAAGAGCAUUAAGGAAGAUGACGAGGACGAUAAAAAAAAGACAGAGGUUGAGAUGCACAGAAGAGACUCAGAUGACAUUGAAGAUGAAAUGGAUGGCAAAUUAUGAACAGUCAAGUUAUCCAUAAUGUCCACAAUGGGUUUUUAUUCAAAGUUUAACAUCAACGUACAGUAAUUUUGUGUGUGUGUGUGUGUGUGUGUGUGUGUGUGUGUGUGUG